UUGACGUGUCCUACCUAGCUGUGGUGGAAACAGCGGUUAGUAGAGAGGUAACAAAACAACGAGUAGGACAGACCAAACAUAAUCUUGCGGAAUUAUGGACAUUUCUGUGGAUAAUUGACCGGAAGCCUUUUUCAAAGCAGAGACGAAAGAUGUCCAGUAGAAGUCAGCAUUAUGGGUUCCAGUCAGCCACCAUGGUGCAGCCUGCCUAUGGCGGUCAUGCCUACCUGUUUGGAAACAACGGCUCAGAGAAUGAUCUGUCAGAGGAGGAUGGAGAAAGUUUCGAGCUACGGUCACGUGGAAGAGAGAGACUACGAAGAAGUACCUCCAAAGAGAAACUGGAUGAUAUAAUCUACCUUACCCGGGAUAUCCAGGAAGGGGACACCCUGAACAGCAUUGCCCUGCAGUAUCAUUGCUCAGUGGCUGACAUCAAGCGUGCAAACAACCUUUUGACAGAACAGGAUUUCUUCGCGCUGCGUUCAAUUAAGAUUCCUGUGAGACGCUUCAGUGUCCUCACCGAGACCCAUAAUGUCGGGUCACUCAGUUCGAGCUCCCCUACAGCAGCUAGACGUGUGCCCCCGAUCUCCUCAGUUAUGUCUCUCCCUUCUGAGUCCUCCACGGACUCCUCCUCCUCCACAGACAGUGUGGAAGGAUUUCUCCAGGAGAAGGACAAGGACAUUGAGCAGCUGGUGAAAUCCACAGGACCAUCUCGGAGCAGCCUGAAUGAGGUUGUGUCUUCUCUAACACUGCAGCAGCAGCAACCACUGCUGGGAGAAGUAGAGUACAAGCUAACACAGAGAAAGGACCCUUAUUAUGGAGCAGACUGGGGCAUGAGAUGGUGGACUGCCGUGGCCAUCAUGCUAGUUGUUGGCAUUGUCACACCGGUUUUCUAUUUGCUGUACUACGAGGUUCUUGUAAAGUCUGACGUCAGCCAUCACAGUAUUCCCACACAGGCAUCGAGCAACGUGCAUCAUGGACAGAUCAAUAGUAAAAAUAUGGGCCAUUCUGUCGAAAAUAACCCUUUAAAGGCUGGACUUGAACAAAAGGUCAAUGAAAAGCCACAAAACCUGAGAGUGGGCAAUAAUCUAGUAGAUGAAAAUGGACAGUUUAAGAAAACAUAGGACAUUAUUUUCCAUACGUUAUUAACUCAAACAGAAUAAAGCUCUAGAAGUUCCCUUUUUCAAAUGGUCUUUACUCCAGUGUAUUUAGUUUGGCUGGGAUGUAUUGGGAGCAAAAAUAGAAGCAUUGAAGAGCUGCAUGGACGUUUUGAUCUUAUGGUAUUCUGAUUUUUCAAGUACAAAAGUUUUAUUGGUCUAGUCAACAUAAUGUUUUUGUGGUUAUCCAGAAGUCCUUACAUUUAGUCAGUUAUACGGUAAUUAUUUUUCAAUGAACAGCAGAAAACUUGCCCAAUGGUUUGUGGAUUUGGUGGUUGUCUACUUUUAUUAUUAUUUUGAUUUGCUUUAAAGCAGUUUUUAUUCAUUUUGGUUCAGAUAUUUAUUUAUCAUGCCAGGGUUGGAAAUCCACCUCAACCAUUCCUUGUAAAAGUGUGACUACCACUGUUUAAGUAGUUUAUUGAAAAACUGAGCAUUAGUUUUUCUUUGUACAAUCAGUAUUGUCGGUUAAAUUUUGAUGAAAUUAUCUUGAAUAUGUCUUUCCAUUGCAAGCGUGUUUGUUUUCCACAUUUUAAAACCUAGCAUAUUAGUUAAACGGGAAAUGCACAGUACUCCCAUACUGCCUCAUAAUGUAAUGUGAACUUUUAGACUUUGUUAUAUAGCCCUUUUAUUUGGUCACAGUGUUCACUUGAUAAUUUAUCACAAAGCAUCAUGGAGAUA